AUGUUAACUCAAAGUAUACAGAUUAUUGUCCUCGCGCGGCGGUACCGUGACUUUUCGGACUUCCCUCCCCUGAGAAUAUUUGCUACCCCCACUCUUCAAAAAGUUAAGGGAGCGGAUACAGUUCUGCUCAUCAUAGACCUUUCGGGGCAGGUAUACACGUUCACAAAAGAUGCUUCCUGA